UAUAUAUUGUCAGUUGUUGCAAGUAUUGAUUACCACUCUAUUGCUUUUCUUCUCUCUAGUCUCAAUGGCCAUCACUGGAUUGCUUUUGUCUCUCUUUGCUAUAGUUCUUGCCUUGCAUUCAUGCUAUGGUCAUCCCCUUAAGGUUUGUAAGUUUGAUCAAAUAUAUCAAGUUGGAGAUUCGAUAUCCGACACGGGUAAUUUGAUCCGUGAGAGCCCUAUUGGAGCUGCCACUCCAUUCGCUCGCCUUCCCUAUGGUGAAACGUUCUUCAAGAAUGCAACUGGUCGCUGCUCAAAUGGCUUGCUUAUGAUUGAUUUUCUUGCAAUGGCUGCGGGACUUCCGUUUCUCAAUCCAUAUAAGAACAUUGAUGCUGACUUUAGACAUGGAGUGAAUUUCGCAGUAGCUGGCUCUACUGCAUUACCAAUCGAAGUUCUCGCUAAUCAGAACAUUUCAUCCCCAUUAACCAGUAGCUCACUUACCGUCCAACUUGAUUCAAUGUUCACCCAUUUCAAUUCUAUCUGCUACACAGAAAAAGAUUGUAUGGAGAAACUUAAAAAUUCUCUAUUCAUGGUUGGAGAGAUAGGAGGCAGUGAUUACAAUUAUGCAUUGUUUCAAGGCAAAAACAUUAAUGAAGUAAAAGAAAUUGUGCCAAGCGUUAUUCAAGCCAUAAAGAAUGCGGUUAGAACAGUGAUUCAUUAUGGGGCUGUUAGAGUGGUAGUCUCCGGUAAUUUUCCCAUAGGUUGUCUUCCUAUUUAUCUUACUGGAUUUCAGACCGAGGACCAUGCAGCUUAUGAUGAGAAUCUAUGUUUGAAAGAACUAAAUAGCUUUUCGAUGUAUCACAAUGAGCGUUUACAACAUGCUAUUGAAGACUUGAAGAUAGAGUUUCCUAAUGCAGUUAUUGUGUACGGUGAUUAUUACAAUGCAUUCCAGUGGCUUUUCAAAAAUGCUCCCUAUCGUGGAUUUGAUGCCAUGUCUACAAAGAAAGCUUGUUGUGGAAUUGGAGGUGACUACAACUUUAGUGUCACCCAAAUGUGUGGGGCUCCAAAUGUUACAGUUUGUUCCAAUCCCAAUCAACACAUAAGUUGGGAUGGAGUUCACUUGACACAAGAGGCCUAUAAGAUCAUGACUGGAUGGCUCAUUCAUGAUUUCUUACCAAAGCUUCAAUGCAGUUGGUCUUGAUUAAUUAGACUUGUAAUUAAAGUGGUUAAGAGUUUUUGGUAUUUGGCUUUGGGAUGAUUUGCUUUCUUCAUAAUUGUCAUCUUUGUUAGAUUUUGCUUUGGAGUUUAUGAUUUGAAGUUUUUAUGAGUUGAUAAAUUUGACUUGGAAUUAGCAAAGAUAAGAAACAUAGAUUCAAGUUGUUUCAUAGGCUUCACCAUUUUAUAAAGCAUUGUCUCAAACAAUUUGUUUUAAGAA